AUGUCUAGUAAAACAAAAGAUGAAGCAGAGAAUGCAAGAGACGUUAUAGCAAUACCAGGGCUUCCACAACUAUGCCAAUCAGACUUGCCAUCCUUUCUACAGCCAUCAAAUACAUAUGCAUCACUGCUGCGAUUCGUGCUGAACCAAUUCAGUACCGUUUCUCAAGCCACAUGGAUACUAGGAAACUCCUUCAAUGAACUGGAAAUGGCAGAAAUACAAUCCAUGGAUUCCCUCAUUCCAAUAAGAACAGUAGGCCCUCUUGUUCCCUCAGCUUUCCUAGAUGGAAAUAAUCCAGAUGACCAAGACGUGGGCACACAUCUUUGGAAAGCAACGAACUGUAUAGAUUGGCUCAAUAAAAAGGAAGCCGCAACUGUUGUAUAUGUUUCCUUUGGUAGUUUAGCUGUCCUUUCUAAAGAGAAGAUCAUAGAAAUAGCCCUUGGGCUAAAGGCCAGUCAACAUUCCUUUUUGUGGGUGAUUCGUCCUGAUCACAACAAAGAAGAAGAAAAGGACAUACAUGAUUUUCUAGAAGGUUUUAUUGAGGAAACUAUGGAUCAAGGGCUAGUUGUAUCGUGGUGUCCACAGAUGGCAGUGCUUAAUCUUUGUUCUGUGGGUAUGUUUGUUACACACUCUGGAUGGAAUUCUAUGUUAGAGAGCCUCAGCUCUGGGUUACCUGUCCUAACUAUUUCUCAGUGGAGUGAUCAAAUGACUAAUUCUAAGUAUAUUGAAGAGGUGUGGAAGACAGGGAUAAGAUUGAAUAAAACAAGAGAUGGGCCAGUUGGGAGGGAUGAGAUGGAGAAAUCUAUUAGGACAAUUAUGGAAGGUGAAAGUGGUUUGGACUUGAGGAAGAAUGCUUUGCAAUGGAAGACAUUAGCAAAGAAAGCGAUGGUGAAAGGUGGAUCUUCUGAUAAGAGUAUUGAUUGGUUUGUUCAUGAGGUCAUUGCUAGAACAACACUGGCUUGA